CCUUGGCCUCAUUGCAUAGGCACGAUUGUGUGGUAGCCUGAGCAACUCUUAUUCCUUGGUACGCUCCAUGGCACUUGUGCGGCCUGUGCGGCUGAACCACACCUCGUCCAUGCAUUUUGCGAUUCGCUAUCUCUGCAUCAGCCAUACACCGCUCAUAUCAAAUGGCUCCAAGAUACAACGUCAGUCCUUUCAAUUUCAGCCCCAUGGUAGAUCACCACCACCGGCAGACCGGAUGGUAGCUGCGUUUCGAGAUCUCUGCUGCACUUUUCACGCAUUUUCACGACUCAUUGCGAUUUCACCGAGUACACGAGGAACACCAGUCUGUCCCGACUCCCAUAGCAAACAUAUUGCUCUUCACUUCCAGGACUGGCUGAACAAUCGGUUGCACACAAAUUCAUUCGACACACAUCUAUCUUCUCCAAGCCAGACAUCCACCCAUCUCGGAUUCCAAUCCACCAACUGAACCAUGGAAACAACACCAUCACCCCCCUACACCCCCAAAACCUUAGCAACCUGCAUCACCGCCCGCCACAGCACCCGCCUCUUCACCCCCGACCCCGUGCCCGCCUCAAUCCUCCGCGCCUGCGCAACCCUAGCAACCAACGCCCCCUCAAACUCCAACACGCAACCUUGGCGCCUCCGCCUCGCCCACGGCCCCGCACGCACCCGCAUCGUGAGCGCCCUGCAAAGCGCCGCCAACGACCACGGCCCACGCAUCGCCCCUCUCCCAGCAGAGUUCAACCACUUCCGCUCCGCCAUGGGGCACAAACUCUACGGUCCAGAAGGGUGGAACAUCCCGCGGGACGACGCGGCGCACCACCUGGAAGCGCAGCUGCGCAACUACGAGUUCUUCGGCGCGCCGGUGUGUGGCCUUGUCACGCUUUGCGAUGAGCGGUUGACGGCCAUGGACGCCAUGUGUGUGGGGCUGUUUGUGCAGAAUUUCGUGCUGGCGUUGACGGAGCGGGGGUUGGGGAGUUGUUUGCAGGUUAGCGUUGUGGGGUUUCCCGAGGUGGUGAGGAGGGAGUUUGGGGUGGCGAAGGAGGAGGUGCUGUUGUGUGGGAUUGCGAUUGGGUGGCCUGCUGUGCAUCCUGUUAAUGUGUUGGAUAUUGGGCGGGAGGACGUUGAUGAAGUGCUGAUCUUGUUGGAUGAGUAGGGUGUUGGCAUUUGGGGGAAGGUUGUUUUUGCGUUCAGCGGGC